UGCUCUUUUGCCUGCGUCUGCCCUUGAAGUGCCCCUCGGAAUAGCUCCUAGUGGACGGCUAGUACCAUUUUCCUGCUGGGCCCGUUUAAAAAUCCAUUUGUUCACCUCACCACCAUGUUUCUCCACCGCCGCCUCGAACACUGGCAGAAGAUGUCGCCAUCGCCCAACAACCAAUGACGGCGUUUACAGUGCAAAUGACGAGCUCACCAUCACCGACUGCCGUGCGAGAGCCGUUAAAAUUUCACGCAGAAGUAACCGGCAGCGAGUUACCAAAGGUACUCGAACCACCACAGGACCUGGAGGGCGGAGUAGCCAUGCAGUAAUAUUUGGGGUAUUGUCAAUUCCUAUUUCUCUCACCCUCUCGCUCUUCUCCCGACCCUGCUCACUCCUGUUGCUUCCUGUGAUUGUGUCUUUGUUUCUUGUUUGGUGCACUGUGUCUCUCACACGAUCAAGACAGAGACAUGGGGUCGGUAGCGAGCCCCGCAGAGGCUGUUGCGAGAAUCGCCUACCUCGCCAGCGAUGUCGUUCUGUCUGUCCAGCCGUCGUUGAGCACUCAUUCUGAGUUCUCCCACCACCUGGCUCGCUUCUCGUCCAGCAACGCGAAAAGCUUCGUUUCCAAGGCUCUUCCAGAAAUUGUUCCAGUUCGUCAAAAUGCAGACCCUCUGCUCUCAGCAUAUACUCCUCUAGAAGCUGGGAAAUUGGUCUCCGUGACAACGCCUUCCUCCAUCCUCCUGAACUCCAUUCCUCACCUCUAUAAACUUGCCGAAUAUCCUGUGGUGCUACAUGUGGCCCUGGCAACGCCAAACUCAGACUUUUCCGAGAUCAGCGCCAUUCGACAGUGCGGGUUCACCUUUUUGCAGUCGGAAACUCUUCAGGAGGCGCAGGAUAUUGCCUUGACCGCACAUGCUCUGGCUAUCAAGAGCGGGAAAGGUGUCAUCCAUUUCUACGACCCCCUCAAUUCGGUCCAGGAUAGCCCUAUCCCGGCGGAGAGCAAAGAACUGGUUGAGACCCUUCUUGGAACUGGCGUGGGUCAACGAGCAUCACACACCAGUUCUGAAGAACAGACUCUUUACGCCAACAAUGGGAGGACUGCUACCGUGACCGAGCUCGGUCUUCCAGAGGUCGCUCCUCAGCACACUUCUCCUGGAUUGACAAGGGAACUGUUGUCCCCUGUCGCACAUGGAUCCUCGACCAAUGGCACCACCGAGGUCUCUUCCGUACCGUCAUCUAGACGAGACAGUUCUUCCGAAAGCAACGCCCCAUCCUCCAUAGCGACAACGGUUGAGACUCCAGUCAUUCGCCCCGUAUCUGCAACCGAUAUUUUCACCUUUGUCAGUGAUAUCUGGGCCGCAAUCUCGCGGGCUACUGGCCGCAGUUACUCCGCCAUUGAAUAUUCUGGCCCGCCAGAUGCCGACGCUGCAAUCUUUAUCUUCGGCUCGACAGGCGUCUUUGUCGAUGUUCUUGACUCCGACGAAUGUCCCGCUGAUCUGACAAACGUUGGCUUGAUCACUGCUCGAUUAUACCGCCCUUGGCUCGGCAGCGCAGUCCUCCUUGAUUCCAUUCCGAGAUCUAUCAAGAAGAUUGCGGUUCUCGAACAGAUUAAGAGAAAGACUACCAGAUGGGGCCCCACCUUCCUUGACUUGCUGUCCAGCUUAGCACCCGGGGCUGGUGGACGACCUCCCAUCGAUCUGGUGCAGUACAGGCUCGGUCAGAUCGACCAAGCAACAGCCUUGCAGGCCUUGCGCGGGAUCUUCCAGAAUCUUGCUCCGCCAACCACGCCAAGAAAACACUCUCGGCGCCGGGGUCACUCACAGGCUGCUAUCGUUCCGAUCCAGAACCUCAGCAUUGGAAAGGAGCUGGAGCCUACCAUCGACAGCUUUGUUCCUGAACAGCCCGAGUUGGAAAAUGCCUAUCUCAAAAUUCUUGAUCAACUGUUCAGCAACCGACUGUACAUUGCAAACCGACUACAGGAGAAGAACGCGGGUGUUUCUGCGACACUUGCUACUUCGCCCGAAUACGGCUUUGGCUCGCUUCUGGCGCGGAUUGAGAAACGUCAGGAGCUUGUCAAGGAAGUCGAAAAGGCCGCUCGUAGCAACGAGUUCAUCACGGAGUCACCGAAGCAGUGGCUGUCGAGAUGGGCGUUGAACGCCUACGAUUCUGUCAAAGCGAACGAAUAUGCACCCGAAGUGAUCGCUCGGUUAUCCACUGAUGGAUCCAGCCUAUCAAACAAGCUUCUGGACAGCAAGACUCUCUUCUACAAGGAGGCUCAAUGGCUGAUUGGAUCUGACGCCUGGGCAUAUGAUCUGGGUAAUUCUGGAGUCCAUCAUGUUCUGGCCUCCGGCGCCAACGUCAACAUGCUGAUCAUCGACUCGGAACCAUAUUCGGAGCGAACAGCUGCCGAUUCCAUGAGACGAAAGAAAGAUAUUGGACUGUAUGCCAUGAACUUCGGCAAUGCUUACGUCGCAUCAGUUGCGGUGUACAGCUCCUACACUCAGGUGCUGCAGGCGAUGAUUGAAGCCGAGAAAUUCAACGGUCCUUCAGUUGUGCUGGCUUACCUACCCUAUCACAAGGAGACCGACUCGCCAUUGACUGUUUUGCAAGAGACCAAGAAAGCCGUUGACAUGGGCUACUGGCCACUUUACCGAUGGGAUCCUUCCAACGAAGAUAAGGGCGAGCCCACUUUCCACCUGGACUCGGAGCGAAUCAAGCGUGAACUAGAAGAGUUCCUGCGGCGAGACAACCAACUCACACAACUCAUGAACCGGCACCCACGAUUCGCUGCCAGUCUGUCUGAGUCUUACGGCUCUGAAGUGCGGAAGCUGCAGAAACGCAAGGCCAAGGAUGCAUACGAACAAAUGUUGGAGGGUUUGUAUGGCGCUCCAUUGACAAUUCUGUUCGCAUCAGACAACGGCAACGGUGAAAGCUUGGCCAAGAGACUGGCCAAUCGUGGCAAGGCUCGAGGGCUGAAGACCAUGGUGAUGGCGAUGGACGACUAUCCCCUGGAGGAUCUUCCUGGUGAGGAGAAUGUUGUCUUGAUCACCAGCACAGCCGGCCAGGGAGAGUUCCCCCAGAAUGGUCGCGCAUUUUGGGAAGGGGUCAAGGACGCGGCCGAUCUUGACCUGUCAAACGUCCAUUACUCGGUCUUUGGAUUGGGUGAUAGCCAUUACUGGCCACGCAAGGAGGAUAAAAUUUUCUACAACAAGCCGGCCAAGGAUCUCGAUGCCCGUCUUCAAUUCCUAGGUGCCAAGCUGUUGACCCCUGUCGGGCUAGGUGACGACCAGGAUCCUGACAGCUACCAGACCGGGUACCAAGAAUGGGAACCUCGGUUGUGGCAAGCGUUGAACGUUGCCAAUGUCGAAGGUAUCCCAGAAGAGCCUGCUCCACUGACCAACGAGGACAUCAAGCUCGCUUCGAAUUACCUGCGAGGCACGAUUGCUGAAGGAUUGGAGGAUACAUCCACGGGCGCCAUCUCGGCGUCUGACCAACAACUCACCAAAUUCCACGGCACAUACAUGCAGGACGACCGUGAUCUGCGAGACGAACGAAAGGCUCAAGGUCUUGAGUCUGCUUAUUCUUUCAUGAUCCGUUGUCGACUACCAGGUGGUGUGGCCACCGCCAAACAGUGGUUACAAAUGGACGAGAUUGCCUCGGCUCAUGGAAACGAAACCAUGAAGCUGACCACCAGACAAACGUUCCAAUUUCACGGAGUCAUCAAGUCCAAGUUGCGACCUGCUAUGCGAGCAAUCAACAAGGCCCUGAUGACCACCAUUGCGGCAUGUGGCGACGUCAACCGAAAUGUCAUGUGUUCCAGUCUGCCAACCAUGUCAGAAUACCACAAGGAGGUGCAUGCCGUUUCGAAGAAGAUUUCGGACCAUCUCCUACCAUCUACAACUGCUUACCACGAGAUCUGGCUCAAGGAUGACACGACUGGCGAGAAGACGCAAGUGGCCGGUGAUGCCGUUCAGGACUACGAGCCACUUUACGGACCCACGUAUCUUCCUCGAAAGUUCAAGAUCACAAUUGCCAUUCCUCCUCACAACGACACAGACGUGUACGCCCACGACAUUGGUUUGAUCGCCAUUCGAUCCAAGGACGGCCAUCUGGAAGGGUUUAAUGUCCUCGCAGGAGGCGGUAUGGGCGUGACGCACAACAACAAGAAGACCUAUCCUCGAACUGGGUAUAUGUUAGGCUACGUUCCCGCCGACCAGGCUCACCUUGUAUGUGAAAAGAUCAUGCUCGUCCAGCGCGAUCACGGUGACCGCAAGAACCGUAAGCAUGCCCGUUUGAAGUACACCAUGGAUGACAUGGGCAACGAGGUCUUCAAGUCCAAGGUGCAAGAGCUGCUCACUCCUCUGGGCGUCAAAUUCGACACACCCCGGCCUUUCAAAUUCCACUCCAACAUCGACACUUUUGGAUGGCAGAGGGACGAGAAGGGUUUGAACCAUUUUACCUUCUUCAUUGAGAACGGUCGUAUUGAAGAUACCGCCGACUUCCCCAUGCGGACGGGACUCCGAGAAAUCGCCAAGGUUCACAAGGGCGAGUUCCGACUCACCGGCAACCAGCAUUUGAUCCUGUCGAAUGUGACGGACGAAGACAAGCCAGCGCUCGCCGAGUUGAUGAAGAAGUACAAGCUUGACAACACGCAGUUCUCUGGACUGCGACUGUCCAGCUCCGCUUGCGUGGCUUUCCCCACCUGUGGUCUCGCCAUGGCCGAGUCGGAGCGCUACCUCCCUCAACUUAUCAACAAGCUGGAAGACUGUCUUGAGCAGAACGGUUUGGCCCAGGACAGCAUCGUGAUGCGCAUGACUGGUUGCCCCAACGGUUGCGCUCGACCAUGGCUCGCCGAGGUUGCUUUCGUCGGCAAGGCCUAUGGCGCCUACAACAUGUAUCUUGGCGGUGGGUACCAUGGACAGCGUCUGAAUAAGCUUUACCGAAGCAGUAUCAAGGAAGACGAGAUCUUGGAGAUCAUGAGAGGUCUGUUUUCCCGCUACGCCAAGGAGAGGAACCCCGGCGAACACUUUGGCGACUGGACCAUCCGUGCCGGGAUCAUCAAUGAGACCACCGAGGGCAAGAACUUCCAUGAGGGCACGGCCGAGGACGAGAGUGAUGGCGAGUAAUUGGUCAAAUCGCUCGGUUUUGUAUAGCAGCAAGAUGAUCCUUGGAUCUCCAAUACCGGAGGGUAUAUAAGUACCGGUAGAUUAUAUAUAGUAUUUCUGUCACAGCAUAGCAUAGCAUAGCCUGAGUUUAUUGUUUGAAACAUCUGCUCCAAUAUCUGUGUAUCCCUUCCUG